AUGAGUGCUAUCGAGAAGAAAACAAAGCAUCAAGUCGAUGAGCUGCGGGAAGGAGUGAAGAACAUGUCUGUCGAUAUGAGAAUGUUCUCCCUCACAAUGAGAUCCCUCUACGCCGAGAAAGCGGUGGGCACUGACGAAGAGGUUGCCAAAGAGUUCAGAAAACUCCGCGACGACACCAGGAAUGAUGCCAUGGUGUACAUAGAGGGCAUCCUUCCUCUGACAACCGAGUUUGUCACAUCCAUCAGCACAUACUUUGAAUACUAUGACGCUCUGACGUUUGAUGAGUGGUGUGAAAAUAUUUCCAUGAUUCGCAAUCAAGCUACUGAGUACAAGAAGCUCUGUCACACAAUGUUGAAAAUGCAUGAAGAGAUUUUGGUGCCCCUGAAGAAGAGAAGAGACCAGGCCGGUAUUUUAUUGAAGAAAAUGACGCUCCUUGUGGCAGAAUUUGAGAAGAAGAAGGCAGAAUUGGAAAGAAAGGCAGGCAAAAAACGUUUUUGGGCACAGGCACUUUGCUUUAUCCCGAGCAUUGGCGCGAUUGCCGGUGGCAUAUUACACGCUGCUGGUGACAAAAAUUUGGCAAAAGCCGUUGCUACAGAUAAUCAAGCGAAGAUCCAAGAAGCAGCGGCCUUGGCAGUGAGAGAAGCUCUCAUUCCUGCUUUUGAAGCCUUCAUUGGUGGAAUUUCUAAAGUGGCCGGCUUCUUCUCUGUUAUGGAGCACGAAUUGCAAAAGUUUGAAAACAACGCCAAGAAGAGCGAGGACGACCCUCAAUUUAUCUUCUUCAAAGUAAUGAAGGUUGAAGCCAAGGAUAUGAAGUCUAUUUGCCAAGUGUUCUAUGCAGGCUUACCAGAUGUCAAGACCGACUUCAAAGCCCUGCCUACCGAGGGCACAGACCGCAACUACGUGGACGAAUGGCUGGAAAAACAGAAAAAGAUGAUCGAAGAAGAAUGUAGAGGUAAGCUUGCCACGAAGAUGCUGAGAGCCAUUGCACAUGCAUUGGAGAAAAAAGUCGAAGAUGCUGCCAAUCAAAAGCCACAAAGCUCCUGA